UUUGGAUUAAACGACAAGUUGUUGACCAGAAAACGAAGCGGAAAGAUGUGUGUUUUUGUCUCUUCCACCGAAUUUGAAUCUGUAUUAAAAACAGUCCCCUCAUUGUCGAGCUAUGGAGGAACGGGAGGAACACAAACUAUUAGCUAUUUGGGUAAAGUUUGUCGAUUCAGCUGAGGUACUUCGCACAAAGUUUGUCCAGGACUUCGAACCAUCGAUACAUCCCUGGAGGGCAGUCAAACACAGGCAUAAAACAUAAAAUUGACAGCAUGCAACCACCCCGCUGACAGCCGGCAGUAGCAUAAACUGUUUACAUACGCAGCGACCGAGCAUAAAAAUCAGUAUCGACAGAUAAAAAUGUAAAUGUUACCAAAAGUUUACAUAAAUACCGUAGAAUAACAUAACUACUAAUCUCUACGUGCAACAUAAAUCGUGGUUAAUGUCUGUUUAAUCAUAACUAUUAAGAGAAUCACAAGCAAAAUGGUACACUUUUGCAAGCUUUGUCAGCUGCUGCACAAAAACAUGGACUCCAUAGAGUGCGAUAGCAGCAACGUCUGGCUGCUCGAGUCGGUCUUCAAGCUGAAGAUCGUCCCGGUCAACGGGCGGGUCGAGCCGAUCUGCCAGAGCUGCAUCCGCAAGUACAACAAAGUCAUGCGCCGCAAGCGAAAGGAAAACGGAGGCUUUCCGAUAUCCCAGAACCAGAUCUUCCCGAUCUCGACGACCACGACGACGGUCACCUCGUCGACGCAGCUGGUCAUGAUGCAGCGGCAGGAGCAGUUGGCAACGCAGAAUCAGGGACUUGUCGGGGGGACUGGCCAGCACAGGGAGGAGGACUCGUCGACGGAAACGUCGAUUGUGACGGCCAACAGCUUUCAGCUGAACAUUACGGGCGCGGCGGCUGUUUACAGGACGGGACGUGGGUCUUCGGAUGAGGAUAGUUCGGCUGGGAAGAGUAGCGACGUGGACGACGACGACGAUGACGAUGAUGGUGGAGAGGACGUGGUCGGAGACAGCGAUGACGAUAGUUGUGGUUCCAGCGAAUGUUGUAGUGACGGAUCGGAGGAGAGUAGCUCCAGCUGUAGCAGUUCCAGUGUGAGCGAGAGUUCCUCAGAGACCAGGACCAGUUUGGUGAUCGAUGAAUCGAUACAGGGCAGUGAAGAGAUGUCGCAGGAUGUGCCCGUGAAAACCAAUGGAAAUAAUUUAGAGGUUGAUCAGGUUGAGAAACCUGAACUGAUAGUGAUGAAGGGGUCGAAAAAGAAAGAUUUUUCUCAUGUCUGCGGAGUAUGUGGUAAGGUUUUCCGUAAAAUUGGCUAUCUUCGUGUUCAUGUAAGAACGCACACAGGGGAGAAGCCAUUUGCCUGUGACGUGUGCUUCAAGAGCUUCACGCAGGCUUCUAGUCUGAAUAUUCAUAAGCGAUUGCACAGUAACAUCAAGCCCUACGUAUGCCAAGUGUGCGGCGCAGAGUUUACCAGUUCUGGAAAUUUUCGUGUUCAUAUGCGAAUACACUCGCAAGAUCGCAAAUACAGCUGUAGCUACUGUGACAAGACGUUUGUGCAACUCACCUCGAAGAAAUUACACGAAAGGAUUCACAACAAUAUCAAACCCCAUGUCUGCAAGAUAUGCAUGAAAGCCUUCUCCAACAUCAGUAAUCUACACGUGCAUUCAAGAACGCACAACAACCUCAAGCCAUACAAAUGCCAUAUAUGCGAACGCAACUUUACGCAAUCUCAAACACUCAAGACGCACAUCUUGUCCACCCACACGAAUGAAAAGAAAUUCAACUGCGAUAAAUGUUCCAAAGGAUACGCCACGCUUUCUAACCUCAAAAACCACCUCAAUAGCCAUUUGCAGAAGAAACCGUAUGAAUGUAACGAGUGCGGCCGGCGAUUCACGCAGAAAAGUUCCCUCAAAACGCACCUGGACUCCCAUCGGUCCGAUCGCGACCCGAUCCGGUGUGACCCAUGCGGCCAGGAGUUCCCAACUCCGACCGCUCUCUACGCUCACCGUCGGACCGUCCACAAAACGCAGAAAAAGACCCCAGAAAACGCCACGACGUACGAUUGUCCGCGGUGUGGUAGGAGCUUCAAACAGCUGCGAUGGUUCCGGACGCACAUGAAGCGGGAACAUCACCAGGAUGUGGACGAGGGGACGACGACGACGACUGAGAAAAAGAGUUCCAACAAGAUCACCAUCGAUGGGGUUGACAUCGAGGAGGUUGAAGAACCGGACCAGCCAGAUGAGCUGUCGAACUUUGAAGAUUCGUUGGCGGGAGAUGAGGGGGACGAGGAGACCAAAAGUGACUAGUUUUAUGCCAAAGAAGUUGAUAACAAGCAUGCAAUAUGAGAAGUAUACAAUAAAAGAUAUAUCAUACCGAUGAAAGUCGAUUUUUUGUUUUAUGUUUCGAAAACAAAGCGCAUGCGUCGUGAAAAGACAGAAAGGA